GUGAUGUAUAUCAUGACCUUCUUCACUUAGGUGCUUAAUCCUGGAAUCCUUAGUGCUGAGUUUCAUCUCCCUGACAGAGCAUGGGGAGAGCUUUUGCACAGAACUCAUAACAGCCAGGGUGCUGAGUGGGGAAAUGCCAUCAGUGACAGUAAGUCUCAAACCCUUCCAGCCUGUAUGUGUGCCCUUGGCUUCCGAAGUAGGGGGUUAUCUCUUCAGGAUUGGGAUCUAGUGUUGUAUAGUAAUGUAUUAAAUAAGUACUGAUGAAGAAAGAGUUCUUUGUAGUCUUGUAGGUAACUUCAGUGCUGAAGGAAGUCCUAGUUUUGGCUGCCCAUCUUGCUAUUAUUGCUCCUACCCCGGUCAUACGAAUGCAUAAACAUGCAGGGAUCAGAACAAGUGGAAAGUUUUAUCAGAAGUAAGAGCUGGUGCACACAGUUGCAGUUUCAAGUGGAAUGUGGCCUACAGCUGGCAUGAGGGGCUGCAUGCUAUUUUGUUGGUCUGCAACCUAGACCAAUAUCUGAUUCUUUCAACACACUGAAGCUUAAGGAGGGGCUGUGACUAUGCAUGGUUGAAACUGAGCUCAAACCUGAGCAGCUCUAGACUCCUUUAAGGAGCCAGAAAAAUCUCCCAAAUACAGCAGUGGCGGAGCAGCCAUGUGCCUCUGCAGCCAGUUGCUGGGGAUUAAGAUUUAAUUAAGCAGGAGAUGCUGAUCAGUCCAUAGGCUGUCUGCAAGGGCCACUUUGGAGUCCUGUGACAUAAUUCCUUGCAGACUUUCUUUGUUCCUGUGUGUUAUGAAGCAUUUGGAGAAAGAAAGUGAGUUGUUGCAAUGUGUUGUAUGGGUAUACUAUCAGAGGCUGCAUAUAGAACAAUUAUCCUAAUUGCCUCAUUCCGAAAUGUCAUUAAUCCCAUCCUGAGUUGUUGCCUGUGAGAAUCAUACAGUCUGCACAUGGAGAGUUACACAGUUUUUAGGUAGGAAAAAAUGUAUGAAUUGUACAGUAGACUUCAGUAAUACUGGAACCAUUUCAUGAAGAGUGAACACGUGACACUAAUGAGGGGAAGAGGGUUGAAACUGUGUCCCUUAGGCUUAUGGCAGGAGUGACACAAAGACUGCUACCUACUCCUGAGGAAUUGAGUCUAUAUUAUUACUCCUUUUCUGUGAAUUUGUGCAAUCACCAUGGUGAUUCACCGUUCUUCGCACAGGCAGCUGUCAGCCCACCUUCUUUGCUGGCAUUUGUUUUCCAGCCCCAAAACUCGGCCCCUCUCCGGAACCAUUUACUGCUCUGCCCCAGGAGGAAGCACAGACAAUGAGUACUUAGCGCUCGUUUUAAAAAUUUGGCAAUCCAUCUUUUGGGAAGCCCAAGUGUACCACUGUUGUGCGCAAUGGGAAGCAGGUGUUGGGCCGCAUUGCCCAAUAACUGCCGUUUCUCGCUCCCCCUCGGCCAGCUCAGCCGUUAGGGCCGAGGAAGUGCGCUGCCCAGGCACCGCUUUCCGCUCUCGCUAAUCGGGAAAAGGGGGGGGGGGGCUAGCAGCGGGGCGUGACAGAAUUGAGCCGAGCCCAACCCCACUCAACACUACCACAACUCCCUCUGCCCGGAGUGCUGGAAAGGGAGAGCGGCGGCGCUCCCCGUUCCAAGAACGCAGGGCGGGGGCGGGACAGGUGUUUCCUCCACCAAUCAAGGACGGCGGUGCGCCCGUCACGUGCUACGGCUGGCGCCCAAUGAGCGAAGGCGACGCCUCGCGGGCUCUGAUUCAAACGGUCGGCGGGCGCGGCGCGUGCGGCAGCUGGUUUCCGUGGAGACGGGGAGGCCUGGCCGCGUCCAUGGAGCCGGGGCUCGUCGGGCCCGGGCCCUACCGCGCCACUCGGCUGUGGAACGAGAUAAUCGAACUCUUCCGUGCUGGGAUGCCUCUACGGAAGCAUCGAUGCCGCUUCAAAAGCUAUGAGCGUUGCUUUAAAGCCUCGGAGGCAGUGGACUGUUUGCACGAACUGCUUGGCACUAACCAAAACUUUGGCCCAGAGGUGACUCGCAAUCAAACAGUUAAGCUGCUUAAAAAAUUCCUGAAAAAUCAUGUUAUAGAAGAUAUUAAAGGAAGAUGGGGCAAAGAGGACUUUCAAGAUGAUGGCCAUUUGUACAGAUUUCCUCCCUCCUCACCACUGAAGCCAUACCCAAAGAAACCUUCAUUUGGAAAGGAAGUCAUUAAAUUUCCAGAUUGGAAUGAUCCAAAGGCUGGCACUUCUCAAGAACACAUCCCUGUGAAAUCAGUCAUGAUGAACUCUGAAAUGUGGUACAAGCGUCACAGUAUAGCUAUAGGAGAAGUACCAGCAUGCAGGCUUGUUUUCCGUAGAGAGUUGACACAAGAAAAUAUAGAAGAGAUAUGGAAAUCAAUGACUUUGUCACGACUACAAAAAGUCUUGGGUUUGGAUUCCCUGGAUGAAGUGAUAGAUACAAAGCUUGUGAAUUCAAAGCAUAUAGUCCAAAAUGCAUACAAUGUCAAUAAGCAAGGCAUUGUCACUUUAGAAGACAAAUCAAAGGACUUACCUCACUGGAUAUUGUCAGCAAUGAAAUGCCUAGCAAAUUGGCCCAUCUGCACAGAUUUGAAGCAGCCUACAUAUUCAGGAUUUGAAAGAGAUGUCUUCAAAACGAUAGUGGACUACUUUGGCCAGAUGAAAGAACCACUUCUUACAUUUAAUUUUUUUGAUGUUUUUGUUAGUGUGCUAGGUCUGCUGCAAAAACACAGCGAAGCUGUGGAAGCUCUUCAAAUAUCUUGCCUUCUGCUGCCACCAGAAAAUCGGAGAAAACUACAGCUGUUGGUGAGAAUGAUGGCAAGAAUUAGCUUUAACAAGGAUUUGCCUCCUCUUUCUGAAUCAGUGAGGACCAGAGUCUUGAUGGUUCAGGCAUUUUCCCGUUGUAUUCUCUGCUCUAAGGAUGAAAUGGACUUGGAUGAACUGCUUGCUGCUAAACUAGUAUCUUUUCUCAUGGACAAUUAUCAGGAGAUAUUAAGUGUUCCUUCCUCCUUAAAAUCUUCUAUAGAGGAACAUGUUGUACAUGUCCAAAGAGUUCAAAUAAAAUAUGCUGGAGCUGACACUGAUGCAACUUUUCCUGCUCCAUCGUUUUGUCACCAAAUCAGCACAGAUGAAUUUGAAUACCAAAGGGUAAUUGGCUCUCAGGAGCCACUGGCAGCUUUAUUGGAAGAAAUUGCAAUGAAUAAAGAAAUAUCUGUGAAAGACAAGAAGAAGAAGCUCAAACAACAGGUGGAAAACUCAAUAAAGGUAGAUGACCGGUAUCUUAGAUAUCUACCUUCAAGCUCAUAUACAAAACCCAUGAAUAUAGGCAAAGUGGGAUCACCUCCUGUGUUGCAAUGGCACAGCUGCAUCUGGAGAUAAUGAAAAUCAGCUAUGUUCUACCCAACGCUCUGAUCAGGGAGGGUUUUGGUUGUUGUGUCAGGAAAUAGAGUGAAGACAAUGGGUAAGUUUUGUAGUCUUUAGUGCCAAAUUUGCAAGUAAAGACAAGAAUAAACUUGGUUAUAACUUGUGAAGAGAUUUUCUUUUCCUAUCUAGAAAGCUUUAUUGUGUUCAACUUUUAAAAAUGUUGUUUUGAAAAACACUGCAGGAUUGAAACACUCUUAUUAUCUGGCUUCCAUUAGGAAAACACUUCUGUUUGGACAUCAUUUAAAUCCUGGUUGGAACAAAAUAUUUUUAGGUGUAACAUCAAUUCUGUAAUACUGGCACCAAAUGUCGCCUCCUAACUGCCGAGACGACAAGCAUUCAAGGCUUCCCUCCCGUCCGCACCUCCGCAUGCAGGGACACAGGGGACACAUACACAGUAUGUAGCACCAAAUGCCAAUUUAAUGCUGUGCAACAAAAGCAUAUAUACCCGUACAUGCGACCGCCCCAAGAUGCCCUGUUUCCUCCCAGUUACCACCCCUAGGUGCAUGCAAGCACCACCCUCCCAGGAAAUCUCUGUCUCGUGGACCCGCCUGUGUACGUGCACUGGCGCUCAUAGGCGCCAGCUACUCGGGAGUUCCCGUUUGAGAAACUUCUGUGACUCUGCACCAAAUAUUACAUUUUUUUUUCUAUCUCAAGAUUUGGCUGGAAGUCAAACUUUUCAGUAUCAGACCAAAUUCAAUACCAAAUAUUGCCAUCUUUUUUUUGUGUUAUUCACCAGAUUUUGUCAAUAAUUUCUCAGAUUCCUGUUGAUGAAAGCAAUUGUUGCCUCAAAGCCUGAAAGUGAAAUUCAAAUUCAAAGAUGGAGUCAUUAAGAAAUCUUUGCAGGUUUAUUAUUCUGUAAGAAGGAAGUUGUUAUAUACAACAUCAGCUAAAUAAAGGAUAAAUCCCAGCUUGAUUGCCUUUAUUACUCUUUUCAGGGAACUAGUUAUCUCUAGCCAUUUGAACUGAGAUAAGUUAUUUUCAGCAGGUACCUGCCUUGCUCCACUGUUGUAACGAAAGUGUAGGUGAUCUUCAUAAUCCAAAAAUAUCAACCAGGUAUUUUUUUUUCUGAAGCUUGUGAAGUCAAACAUAGGUAAGGCUACAACGUUCACUGACAAGCUAAAUUUAAUUUGAUGUGAUAACAUGAACGAUAACAGUGAAGAAGGAGCUUUUGGUGUAUCUUAAAAGCCUGCCAGGAGCCACCAUGUACUUUGAUUUCUGACCUACUCAGAAGUCUUUGCUCUCGUGCUCUACCUUAGAAUGGUGAUUAGUGCCAGCUUAGCUCUAAGCUGCGACUGUUCUCAUCCUAGAUGUUUGGAAUAUACACUCUGAAAGAAAUGCCUCCUGUUUAUUUCCAUGGAAAUUACAACAGAUACAAAGAAGACAAUAACACUAUUUGAUAGGACAAAUCCUCUGCUACAAAACACUACUUUUUCAACAUAGAUACCACUAUUUGCUAUGCAUUUUCACUAGCGAUGAACAAUAGACUGCAUGCUGUACUUGUAAAAAAUCUAAGUGCCUGGCUGGAAUGUGGUUUGUCUUUCAUGUUGCUGUUGCCCGUGCUGAAACGCACCAUCCACUGCCUCACUGCGCUCACAUCCACUGUUUGGUCUCCAUCGGUGUUCAGCAAGCGUCAAUGAAUGUCGGUGCAUUUUUUUCCACGUGGAGGAAUUCACCUUUGCUUCAUUCACACUUCCAUGUCAGAUGUCAUUUUGUCAGACUGCCCUUAUGCUGCCAUUUAUCACACAGCAUCAAAAUGUAAUGAAAUAUUGGUGGAAAGAUUCAACCACCACCUCUGUUAUUGUGGGCCAACACAGAAUAGGAAGCAUUACUUUGGAACAGACCUCUCUCUUAUACUGGGGGAAAAAUGAGGUUUUAGGGAACACCUGAUCAGAAGUUUUUGUGGAACACAUGAACCUGAAUACAGUUUUACAGAGUAUUGAGAAGUACAUAAUUUUGAUGCAUUUACUGGAAUACUAAAAUAAUAUCAAUGUUAGUCAAACAGCUGUAAAUGUAUGUUUAAAGAACAGAAGAUUAAAAAAUGAAGAAUUCCAACUUCUAUCUAAUAGUAUUGUGCUGAGUGAUAACCUUAAAAAUGUACGUAGGGAAAAUGAAAAGCUUGAAAAGAAAUUAUGUAAGCUAGUUUUUCUUUUCUGAUUAUCAAUAUUUAUGAAAAAGGGGUUAUGACAAACAUGUAUUUUCUUCAGGAUAAGUAUGGGGAAAACAACCUGACUCAAUAAUAAGAGAGGUACACAGCCAAAAAAUAACAAUCAAGGGAGGAUUUAAAAAAUAAUUUGAAUAAAAAGAGGAUAAAUAUAUUCUCUAUCUGUUAAAAUAGGAGGUAUUAAAUAGUCAAAAAGACAGAAGAGACAUUGGUCUGAAAAGUUUUUGAAUGGUGAAUCAAACUGCAGGUCAAAGACAGAGAGAAAUUACCCUGAGAGCAUAGGGAUAAAUUACUCCAAGAAGACAGUGACGCCGUAAGAACUUGGAUUUUCUUGCCCUUUAUAGACAUUGAAUUGAUAAGAAAAUGUCAUGUGUAUCUCGUUAGCAUUUGCUCUGGUGUAUUAUUGAGGAAUUUCUGUCAUACUUCAUUUUUAUUUAGAAAGUAAAGUCCACUGCCAUCCAGCCUGGAUAAACGAAUAGCCUAAUGCUUGUGGGGUGUGUUAUUUUGAUGAUACUGCAGCAUGUCAUGGGCUUAUCAGGAGAGAAUGGCCACCACUGUCAGUACGGUAAAGUUGUCUUGGUGGCUAGGUAGAAGUGUGCUGAAGUUACCCCAUUGACACCAUUCUGAAAGCUUAGCACAAAGUGGAGUCUGUCUUGAGGUAAGCAUUGAGGAAACUUGAGAAUGAAUGCCAUCCACAUGCUUCAGAUGGAGAAGAAAUUAUAAACUGUGAAUAAUCCCACUUUAUGAAAUGUGGUUUUAUUCAUAUACUUGUCUUCCAACUUGUUUGCUUUCUGUGGCAAAGGCAUUUCAAUGUAUAUAACUACAUUUGUUCAGUGAACAACAGCCACUAUUAAUACAAGAUUCUGCCAGUUAAUUUUCUGUGGCAAUCAAAACAUUAAGCAAGAUAAUGUCACAGCCUUCAGAUUGUUGUAUCUUUUGUCUUUGUCCUAGCAUGCACAGAGGAUUGUCUUUUUGAGCAUUUUUUUCUGAUACUGAUCUAUCAAAUACCAUUUAGAUGAGCUCCAUUACUAAAAUAAGGACCAGAUUUUCCAUGUGAACCCUAUGAGUCUAGCUCUUGUGAAGCCUGUUCUCCAGUAACAGUCAUGACUGUACUUGCAAUUACAUACAAGAGUAGCAUGACUUUAUUACUGUUAGCCUGAAACACUACACAAGAACAGUAUGCAAGUCCGGCAAUAUAAGAAAAGCUGAACAAAUACAGGAUGUGGCAAAAAGAAGGUGAAUGAAGAAAGAUGAGCCAUGAUAUUAGACAUUGUUUGGACAAAAUCCAUGCAGUGAUGUUACUGGAAUGAGGUGGAACCUUCUCUGGCUAUCAAGAUGCACAUUGUAUCCAUGAAUGCAUGCAUUAAUAUGGUGCCAUUCAGCUUUAUAUAUGAAAAAAUGAACAACAGAAAUUAAAGUAAUGCAGAAAAGGAUAACCAAAAGGAUUCAGUAAUGAGACUAGGCUUAGUAUGGUACUCUCUUUGAAAAAUUAAACUAAGAGAAGACUUUGAAACUAGAAAUGGUUGCCUUUUGGUAGACAGGGAUUUGCCAGGGAAAAGGAAAACUCCUUCUUAGUACUUCUUUCCAAAGACCAGUUUGAAGACUUGCAGUUGUCUGAAUUGUUUUCCAUUGAGAACAAGUUUCUGUCUUAAUUAAAAUGAAAUAUAAACCCAUGGGAGGAAAAAGAUGUUUGAGAGUUCUCUGAGAAGAAAUGUUGAAAGCUAGUGUGUGCUCAGGAGUCAGGAGAGGAUCUUUCAGACAGCUUUUUAAAGUAUGGUUAAAUUGCAAUAAGCAGUAACAAAACCAUGGUGUCCUUGUAUUCAGAAAACCCCUUUCAAGUUCACUGGAAGAGAGAAAUAGAAAUACUGCUAACCAGCUGUAAAGACAAAACUGUGAAUGGUUUUGUAAUGCCUUUUAGAAUGAGAGGUGGCACAGUAAUCAAGAAUGUUUGUAACCUUGUUUUUCCUCCACUGUGUGUUCCAGACAAUGUUUUUUCCAUAUAGGUGCUUGCUUUACAGUAAUGUGUUGUAGUUUAGAUUGUGGUUAACUGCUACGGGUUUCAAGAAAGAGACUGAUGGGUGAAAUUCUGCAUGUGUAAUACCUCUGUGGGCAAAGAUGCUCUUUUAUCUCGGUCCCUGAUAAACAAAGGACUCUCUAGUAGAACUGAUCUCUCCUUAGAUUGCCUCAAAAACUUAACAGCUAUUAACGUGAUCUUAGGGUUAAUUAUUUAGUGAAUCUUAAAGUUUAGUAAAUUUAUUUUUUGAUUUUAUCCUUGAUUGAUACCAACUAGUAGGUUAAAUUAGAAUCUCCUUCACUAUUUACAUAUCUGCUCAUGUUUGCCUAUUGGUAUCUAUGGGGAGCAUGCUGACAGGCUUAUUUCGUUGUCAUUGCAUUAAGCUUCAAAAAUAUGGGGACCAGAUACUCCAGCAAUGUAAAUAACACAAAGCACUUUCCUGAUAUCUAAUCAAGUGCAUUAUAGUUCAAAAAGCUUUAAGGUGUUGAGACCUCUAAUUGUAACUGAUAAUUGGAAAUAAUAUAUAUAUAUAUAUAAAUAAAUUCCAUCUUUAACUGACAUUCCUUUGCAGAGAACAUGAGAAUGAUGCUAUAUUACAGAUAGGAGUUCAAACUACAUUGUAACAGGAUUAUUAUUUUUUUAUUUUUACAGAAAAAAUAUCACUAGAACAAUCUGCAAAUGUAUAAUAAAUUGCAUGUUUUCUGUACAUAUGCUUUAGCACUUCUGUCAUUUUUUUAAGGUAUGGAACAUUACUAUUAAAGUUAGUGUAAUCUCUUAGCUUUGUACUUUCUUUUUUUUCUUAAACACACACUUCUGCACCUUCUCUUUCCCUGUCAGACCAUGAUAUUGCUUCUAUCAGUGAGUCAAUUUCACCAUCUAUGCUGUGAGGGAGAAUCAUAGAAGCUUGUGAUGUCUUGUGCAGUUCCAGUUGCUUUGAUGCAACUGGAACAGGUUAUGUUUGGAAUUCCCUUUUGCAAUGUCUUCUUCCCUUACGGUAGCUUUGAAGAUAUUAUGCUGCUUCUAGAGGGCUUCUGCAUCUCUGAGGCCUGGAGAUAGGGCUAGGAAAACUGUUAUUUUGCUGCGCUGCAGGCUGUUGUUAUGCUGCAGGAAGUUCUUCAGAGGUAUUGCCCCAGAUAGUAAAUGACAAUUUUUUUAUCCUAUGCAUAUUACUAGUAAGGCUUGAAACACUUUGUUAAUCAUCCAUUGGAUUUCCACUGAGAAAUUAGUUUUCCUUUGCUUGGAGCAGUUGCCAUGAAUCUUACAAAAUUGGCACAGUGCUACAUGCUGCAGUCACCUUUGCAGGGCUGCCAGCACUCCAGUACAUGACAAGAUUGCCAAUUAGCCACACCUCUUGAAAAGCACAAGAACAUAUUUCCAGUUUCUAUUUUCCACUACAUCUCUUUGAGUUAGUAGGUGAGCUUUGCACCUGAUCCUUAAACUCAGUAAGGUCUAAACCUAUUCUAGCCUGAUAUUCAGGCAUUGUAACUUAUAUCAGCUGCAGCUAUUCAGCAUCAACUUUUGUGUGCCACAUGAUUUCCUCACAAGCCUACCAUUUAUUUGUCAGCCCAUGAAUACUUUGCCUCCCCCAUCUUAAAAGCAAACAACAUCUUUACUCUUCUGACUGCAACUUCUGAAUUAUUUCAUCCUUCCUGUUUUCCUGUGAAGACAGCAACUGUAUUUUACGAUAGCUGCUUCCUCUCUCUUACCUUGUUUAACUCUUUUCUUGGCAAGCAGUCUUACAAAUCCCAAGAAAUUAUAGAAAAGGUCUCUCAUAUUUACGGAGUUUCAGAUUCUUUGAUUUCAACCUAAGUUCCUUGUCCAAAAUCUCUAAGAGUUCUUUGAAUUGAAAAAUCAAAAAUAGCUUUUUUUUUUAAAUUAUGUAAGCAUUAGGAUUUUUCAUUUCCUAUACCUAUAAUUGUCAUGGCUUCCUAUUGAAAGCAUCUUUUGAUUUACUGCUACAGUUAAAACUGGUUUCCCUAACAAAAGAUCUGCAUAAUAUUAAGAGGGAUUUAAGAGCUUGCUCUGUCAGUAUGAAGAGAGACAAAUCUGGAAUAGAAAUUAGGAGCCACUUAUUUGUUAUACUAGUAGAAUAUUAAAAUGAUUUACAAGGGUCUUGCAUUUUCAGUCAGAAUCUUAAAAUCAGCGUAGAAUAGUAUUUGAGAAGUCUGUAAACUUGCAGUCUUCAACCCCAAAACUCGUCGCACUCAGGAGAUGGUUGACAAUUCUCUUUAUUUAAAACAAGAACUGUUUUAUUUUACCCUAAGUAACUACUUCGAUACAGGACUAUAUUGCAGCCUUUUGCAUGGAUCAUUAGUAUUCAAAGAUCCAGUAUGAGCGAUAUUUCAUAUUAGACUCAUUAGACUCUGCAGUAAUCAAUACACAGAUAAGUAUACUUGAUAUAAGCAUUUAAAUGUUUGUUUACAAAGUUUAUGGGUAAUCAUUUUCAGAGAAUGUUUUUUCUUACAAAUGGAGUAAGUAAGUAGCUUUUCAUUUAGACCACCUACAAUAUCAAUCACUUUGUUAGUAAUUUCCCAGAGUCUCUAUCCAAUGCAUACUUUCACACUGGCUUUGUAGGGCAAGGCAAGUUUGAGCUAUUAAAUCCAUUUGAGGGAAAAAACAUAGCAGGAUCAGAAAGGUGGUACUGGUUCAUUGUUCACCUGGGAGAAUGAAGGACUCCUUUGUGCUGAUGUUUGCUGGCAUUAAGGUGAGACGCAGGAAACUCCGUAACUGGAAGGGUAUGGUUCAGCUAUUGACAAAAGCUACUUUGUAAGGGUUUCUUUUUUUAAAAUUUUCUUUAUUGUUUUUUCUCCUUAAGGGCUCUUUGAAGUCCAUCAUUUGUAUUGUGAAAACAGGAAUUAUGCAAGAACGUGACUAGUGCCAUAUCUAUACUUACUAAAAACUGCUUGAUAGUCAAACAAAUACAUUUUAAAGGUCAACUGCUUGAAAUACACACUGUCCGGAUUUUUUUUUUUUUUUUUUUGGUCAAGUAACUUGAACAACUUUUUUUUUUUAAGAGGAAAAGAAUUACUGCUGUUCCAUUACAACACCUUAAAAGGUUACAGUAUUCAUUUCAUGUAAAUACCCAGAAGCAGAUUAAAUACUGCUGCUCUUGUGUACGGUUUUUGUUCUUUCUUUUAAGAGAAUAGCUAAUAUCAAUGAAAUAUCCAAUACUUUGUACCAAAAAUGAAAAGUAUUUUCAAGUAGACUACCAGUCUGUUUCAUUAUAUUGAGGCGUAUAUAUUAAAAGGAAUUUUUUCCUCACCUAGAUAAUCAAUUGAACUGAAGGGCCAUUUUAUUCAAUAUGAGACAUGGGAUGUACUGUAAAUUUUUCCACUGGAUGGAAAAUAUUUUCAUUGACAUUUAUAUGACUGUAAGUAGUUGCAUAUAUUCAAAUAUCUAAUAAUAAAUAUGAAAAACUUCUACCA